AAAAUAAUAAAAGAAGAAAACUUUGCUGCCUCUCGGAUACCACUUGUUUUCUGGGUAAGAUGUUUUUGCCUGUUUAUCUCUUUCUAUACAUUACAUACAUACAUACAUACAUGCAUAAAGUGAUAAAAAUCAAUAGUCAAUAAAAAUCAUCAAAAUCUAUAAAAACAAGAAUGAGUUCACAAAUACUACCAACAGCAAUCACAUCACAAUCUCAGAAAACCAGAAUACAACACACACUCACACAAAGAGUACAUAUACCAUCUUAUAUAUACAAACACCCAGCAGCAAUCUUACUUGAACUCUGCACUUCCAUUUCAGAGCUUCAUCAAAUAAUCCCCUUAAUCAUCAAAAACAAUUUUUACAACCAACAUCUUUUUCAAACUAAGCUAGUCAGCUUGUUUGUCAAGUACAACAGUCUACACGAGGCUCUUCGUGUUUUCGAAUCCAUCGAAGAGAAAAAUGAUGCAAUGUAUCAUACCAUACUUAAAGGGUAUGCUCAAAAUAGGAACUUUUUUGAUGGGUUGUCGUUUUUUCGUAGAAUGGUGGAAGAUGGUGUGACACCUGUUGUGUAUAAUUUUACUUAUUUGUUGAAAGGUAUUGGGGAGAAUGGGUUGGUUAAGAUAGGGAAAAUGGUUCAUGGGCUGAUUGUUUUGAAUGGGCAUCAGGAAGAUGUUUAUGCUAUGACUUGUGUUGUUAAUAUGUAUGCGAAAUGCGGGUUUAUUGAUGAUGCAUAUAAUGUGUUUGUUAAAUUGAGUGAAAGAGAUUUGGUUAGUUGGAAUACAAUUGUUGCAGGUUAUGCUCAGAAUGGGUUUGCUGGGAGAGCUAUGGAGUUGGUAAUGGAAAUGGGAUGUGAAGGGUUGAGGCCAGAUCAGGUGACAGUUAUUUCGGUUUUGCCUGCUGUUGGGAAUGUUGGGGAUUUGAGAAUUGGGAAAGCGAUUCAUGGGUAUGUGUUUAGGUCUGGGUUUGAACAUCAUGGAAAUGUUUGUACUGCUUUGGUUGAUAUGUAUUUGAAGUGUGGUUCUUUAAGGACGGGGCGAGUUAUAUUUGAUAAGUUGAGUGUUAAGAGUGUGGUUUCAUGGAAUAUUAUGAUUGAUGGGUAUGCGCAGAAUGGUGAUUAUGCAGAAGCGUUAAUGCUUUUUGAAAAGAUGUUGGAUGAUGGAGUUAAACCAACUGGUGUGACCAUUAUGGCUGCUCUUAAUGCGUGUGCUGAUUCAGGUGAUCUUGUACGUGGGGGAUUUGUUCACAGGUUAGUUGGUCAAUUAGGACUAGAGACUGAUGUUUCGGUUAUGAACUCUUUGAUCUCCAUGUAUUGUAAAUGUAAACGGGUCGACCUUGCUACUGAAAUAUUCAAAAAGUUGAAAGGAAAAACUCUUGUCUCGUGGAAUGCAAUGAUACUUGGGUAUGCACAAAAUGGUCGUGUAAUUGAGGCUUUGAAUCAUUUUCGUCUCAUGAAAUUGCAAAAUAUUAAGCCUGAUUCGUUCACCAUGGUGAGCAUCAUUACAGCUGUUACUGAGUUAUCAGUUAUACGUCAAGCAAAAUGGAUCCAUGGUGUUGUCAUCCGAGCUUGUUUGGAUAAAAAUGUCUUUGUGAAAACCGCUCUUGUGGACAUGUAUGCUAAAUGUGGAGCGAUUAGUACUGCUAGAAAGCUAUUUGAUUUAAUGAAUGAAAGACAUGUAACGACAUGGAAUGCUAUGAUUGAUGGGUAUGGGACACAUGGAUAUGGAAUGGAAGCUAUAAAACUGUUCAAAAAAAUGGAAAAUGGAGCUAUAAAACCAAACAAUAUUACGUUUUUGUGUACUAUCUCGGCCUGCAGCCAUUCAGGAUUUGUGGAAGAGGGUCGUAGGUUCUUCUCCAUCAUGAAAGAAGACUAUGCAAUUGAGCCUACAAUGGAUCACUACGGCGCCAUGGUGGACUUACUUGGCAGAUCAGGUAAGCUCAAUGAGGCCUGGGAAUUCAUUCAAAACAUGCCUGUUGAGCCACAGAUUAAUGUUUUUGGUGCAAUGUUGGGUGCUUGCAAGAUUCAUAAAAAUGUUGAAUUAGGGGAAAUGGCUGCAAAAAGGUUGUUCGAAUUAAAUCCUAAUGAUGGUGGGUAUUAUGUACUUCUUGCAAAUAUAUACGCUACAGCCUCAAUGUGGGACAAAGUGGCGGAAAUCAGGAGCGAAAUGGAAAAAAGAGGGAUACGGAAAACACCUGGAUAUAGUUCAGUUGAUUUGGAAAAUGAGGUUCAUACUUUUUAUUCAGGAAGCUCGUGGCAUUUUUGUUCUAAGGAGAUAUAUGGUUUUCUUGAAACAUUGAUUGAUAGGAUUAAGGUUGCUGGUUAUGUACCUAAUAAUGAUUUGAUACAUGAUGCUGAAGAUGAUCUGCAAGAACAAAUGGUGAGUACUCAUAGUGAGAAACUUGCUAUUGCUUUUGGACUUCUUAAUACCCGCCCGGGUACAACUAUUCACAUUAGAAAAAACCUUCGGGUGUGUAGUGAUUGUCAUAAUGCUACCAAGUUUAUAUCACUUGUGGAGAAAAGAGAGAUUAUUGUUCGUGAUUUGCACCGGUUUCAUCAUUUUAAGAACGGAAUUUGUUCAUGUGGAGAUUACUGGUGAGUUGGGUUUUGCAUCAAUGGAUGAUCCUGACUGACUUGCUUCAAAAGAAGACAGUACACUAACAUGAUUACUAGCAACACUUUUGAACCGUGCCUAUUUGUGCAGCUCUUGGGAAUAGAUAUGAUGAUCUCUGUAAAAUCAUGACAAUUGAUUGGAGAAAUCUUCAUGUCCAGCUAUUCUUUUUUUUCAAACAAUCCGUUCUGGAAAUUGUGUACUUUUCAUUUUGGUAGUAUGUGCUACUAAAUUCACAAUGUGUGGUAUAAGGUUGAACUGAUCAGGUCCAGUGUUUAAUUGAACUGCAAAAGUGUUUCUUUUGUGAA